AUGAUGAUGCUGUUGCAAGGAUACGUGACGAACGUUGCUUGUCUUCCCUUCACCCGGCGGGAACGAGCCGUCUACUGCCGCGAGUUUGACGCGCAGACGUACAACAUUCUUUGUUACUUCCUCGGCAUUACGGUCGUCGAGAUCCCCAACACUAUCCUGGACCAGCUGCUCGUCCUUUUGCUGUCCAGUGGCGAAGUCGUUGCCGUUGUAGGCGUUCUCUUUAACGUCAUGUUCCUGCUUUUUGCUGAGUUCAACCCGCCUGCUGCUGCCAUCCCGGACCGUUACCGAUGGCUCUGUGACGUCACUUAUCAGCGCUAUUCCUUCUCGAUCCUCGCCUCGCUCGUGUUUGGCAACUGUCCUGAAGAUCUGGUGAAUGAUGAGGUUACGAAGGGGUACAUCAACCUGCUUUCGGAACUCGCAUGUUAA